AUGACUACUAGAUGGGCUAAUGCUAGAAGGUUGGGGGAAGGCAAUAUUGAGCAAGAGGUUCCUCCUCAAGCUCCGAUUGACCCAUUAAAUGAGAAUGUGACUAAUGGGGAGUUUAGGUCGGCAUUCCAAGUUUUUUCUCAAGCCGUGAUGACACAAGCUAACAGAGAGGAGGUAUCCCCUGUGAACCCAAGUGUGGGUACGACGGUAGCAAGAAUUAGGGAUUUCACAAAAAUGAACCCUCCCAAAUUUUAUGGUUCCAAACUUGAGGAAGACCCUCAAGUGUUUAUCGAUGAAGUUUAUAAGGUACUUUCUAUCAUGGAUGUGACUUUGGUAGAGAAGGCGGAACAAGUCAAAGAAUGUCGCACCACUAUGCUUGUUCAUGACAUGUAUAUCUCUCGCCUUAUGGUUCAUUCCCAACAAAUUGAGGAAGAAAAACUCAAGGAAAGUUCUAGGGAGGCAAAAAGUGCUAAAGUGGAUGAUGGCAACUUUGAACAUUCUAGGUUCGGUGGACGAGGUCGUUCUAGAUUACGGCAAAGGUACUCAGGGAAAAUUUCUACAAAUGCUCCUCCGAGGCCAUGA